CAAGCCAGAGCAGUCUCUGUCCAAGUACGAGGCCCUCCAGAAGCUCAACGACUGGAUGCGCCAGGUGGCGCAGCGCAUCCUCAAGAUGCACGAGCAUGAAGAUGAAGACAACUACGCGGAGCCACAGAUCGAUGAGCUCACGCUCCCGAAGACGGUCGCGGCGGUGGACAACACAAACUACGCGGGGAAGAAGAACGAAAAUCCGCCGUGGAAGCAGGACGACCCAAGCACGUGGGUGUACUGCGGCUGGGUGGAGAUGGACCCAGGCAAGUGGACCGACCGCGAGGAGCGCAUGAGCGAGAAGGCCGACAGCGCACAGGAGCCUACCGUGUCCCUGGCGACGGCCCCUGCCACGGACGAGGGCGAGAGCAGGAGCAGCGCGGACGGCGUGGACCCAGAGGCACAGCGAGUGAGACGGCAUGGCUGA